AUGGUUCUGAUCCAUUUCUUCAUCUCAUCCAUCAUCAGCUCCGUGAACCUGGUCGAGAGUCGAAGGAUAUUGUCUUGUGACCACAGACUUAGUUUGUUCCUCACCACGUGGUCCUACUGUACAGUAUUCCUCCACUUCCUGCUGUCCGCAAUCAUCGUCUGUACUCACCACGUGGUCCUACUGUACAGUAUUCCUCCACUUCCUGCUGUCCGCAAUCAUCGUCUGUACUCACCACGUGGUCCUACUGUACACUAUUCCUCCACUUCCUGCUGUCCGCAAUCAUUGUCUGUACUCACCACGUGGUCCUACUGUACAGUAUUCCUCCACUUCCCGCUGUCCGCAAUCAUCGUCUGUACUCACCACGUAUCUGCAUACUGUCAGAGAUCUCGUCCAAGUACUGCUAUAAAGAACAGGCGAGGGAGCGACGUGUUCUCGAAGCAGGACGGUUCACCGGACACCAACGACAUUCUCCACGAAGACACCAGCAACUCUUCUGAGAGCAACACCAGCACUGACACGAGGUGGCGCAUUUUGAAACGCGUGACGAUUUCAAUAUCGUGGAUAUUUGCAAAUGUUGUUUUUGUGUUUGUGAUUGUUGUGACUGCUGUCUACUACACAGCCAUUUGUCCGAAGGAUGUUACCUGCGGGAGGUACUUCAAUAUCAACGUCCACGCUCUCAACACCGUCUUCAUCAUCGUGGAUGUCGUCAUCAGUGCACGCCCUGUGCGUAUGUGCCACGUAGUUUAUCCUUUCAUCAUUGGAUUCAUCUAUGUCAUGUUCAGUGUUUUCUUCUGGGCGUCCGAUCACACCCAUGUUAUUUACCGCGUAGUGUUGAACUGGAACAAACCAGGGAUGACUGCUGGUGUUCUGAUCGGGGCCAGUAUUGGCAUUGUAUUGCUCCAUGCUCUCCACUUGGGAAUCUACAAACUUAAACUUUAUGUGCACAAAAGAGAUGUUAGAAAUAAAAGUCAACGGAAGAAAUCCGUACGCCUGUUGUCUUCUUUCUUUGUUGAAUGA